AUGCCACACAUGCUCAAAGUGAAGCUGUGUUCCCACGCAGAGUGGAGGAGAGAGUUCACAGCCGAUGCCUGCCAGUCUCCUCCCUGCCUGCAGAGGAACCUGGCAGUGCCCGCAGAGGCGGCACUGGAUGUGACACAGCUGGGGAAGUGGGACCUGGUGGCACCCUUCUGCGACGGCACCCACAAGAAAGCGGCCCCGGGGCUCUCCCCGCUGCGCUUCACCCCGGAGGAGGACAAGACGGCCUGGCUCUGCGGCUGCAAGCGCACCCGCUCCCCCCCGUACUGCGACGGCACCCACAAGGAGGAGGCCGUGCAGAGCGCCCAGCUCGCCCCGCAGCCCUGA